AUGGAGCAAGAAGCGGCAGCCCGGACGCCGGAGCGCGCGGAUGAGGUGACCCUCCGGCCGUUCGACCUCGCCGACGCCGACGCCGAAGCCAUGACGGCGUGGGCGGAACACCCCGUACUAGUACCACCUACGGCCGCCAUGGCGUCGGGGGUCUACUUCUCCCCGCCCCGCGACGCCCUGCUCGCGUUCCUCCGGGGCACCGACCCUCCGCACACCUGGAUCCGCGCCGUCUGCCUCGGCGGCGCCAUCGUGGGCGCGGUGACCGUGUCGCGCACAGAAGAUCGGUGCCGCGCGGAGGUCGGGACCGCGCUGGCGCGCGCGCACCGGGGCAGGGGCGCGGCCGCGGCGGCCCUGAGGCUCGCGGCGACCGCGGCGUUGGGGGACCUGGAGGGCGUGGAGCGCGUGGAGGCGCUGGUGGACGCAGACGACGCCGCGUCCCGGCGCGCGGUGGAGGACGCCGGGUUCCGCCGCGAGGCCGUGAUGCGGAGCCACCGCGACGCCAGGGACGUGGUCGUCUACAGCCUCAUGUCCACCGACGACGACCCACUCAUCGACUUACCCAGGUCAUGA